CCGGAGAGUGAGAGAGCGAUCUUCGCCUGCUUUCACCGAUCCCGAUCCCGAUCUCAAUCAUUCUUUCCUGCGCGGCUCUACUGUAGAGCUGGAUGCUGCGAUCGCGAUUCUCGUUUUUGGCGACGCCAUCGCGAUCCCUAUAUGAUGCACAUUCUUUCACGUCUGGUCGGCAGUCGCAAUGUCAGAAGAAGUUGACAAAGGUGAUCUGUCCUGACAAAUGGAAAGAUGGAGCAUCGAAUACAACAGAAAGCGGUGGAAGGAAGGUGAAUGAGAACAAGCUGCUGAGCAAGAAGCACAGGUGGCAGCCUUACUCCACAAAGUGCAAGAUCUGCAAACAGCAGCUUCAUCAAGACGCUGCCUACUGCCAAACCUGUGCCUACAAAAAAGGCAUUUGUGCAAUGUGCGGGAAGCAGGUGCUGGACACGUCCAUGUACAAGCAAAGCGCAGUCUAAGGGGGGAAAAGAGAGGGUGGGGGUGUCGCUUCUGACGUGAGGCGAUCGAACAAACACUUCUGAUGUCUCUCUCGGACAUGAGGCGAACGGACAGACAUUUCUGGUGGCAAAGUAUCGAGACAGCUAGCUGGUCCAGGAGGUGCAGAUUAUCUAUCUACGGCUAGCGGAGCACUUGCAAAGUAUCUGCGGCUAGCUCAACCCCAUGUGGAUUGGAUUACACUACCUGUUGAUCGACCAAACCCCCAACCCAACCAGCCUCAGACAGGUGGCAGUAAAGUAUGGGCCUCCAUAACAGCUGGAUGUGUAGGAACGACGAUAACCAGAAAUAGCUCCUCCUGACGUCAGCGACGACAGGUGGUAUUUGCUGCGACGUGGAGCGGUAUGCAGCGGUCUGCAGCAUCUUGUUCGAGCUCAGAAAUAGCUCCUCCGGACGUCAGUGCGGCAGUCAGCGAUACGGUAUAUUCGCGAAGCUAUUCCUUUUCUGGACCAUGUUGCUGAAACAAGCUCAACUUUCUACAAGCCCAGCAUGACGCUUUGUGGAAAAGCUAUGGUGGAGAAGUGUGUGGUGGUGGUAGAGACGGUGUGAUGAUGUGAUGGGCAUAUGAUGUUUUGUCAGUGAUGUAAAUGGCUGGCUGUCUUGUUGAAUGGACAGACAGAUGGCUAGACUUAGGAAGGGAGGGAGGGGGAGAGGUAGAGAGGGAGGGAGGGKGGGAGAGAUGGGUGGACGGAAAGAGGAAGCGAGGGUCAAUGUACAUAGCUGGGUUCUUGACCAGGUUGAUUGGUCAGCGUAUCUGUCAACAAAGAGCUUCACGAACUUUCGGUGAGUCACAAGCGAGAGGUUCACGGAGUUUGGCGAAUAUGAUGCAUCUGCCCGAGUUCUGCUUUGAGUAACAAUACGAUGAGGAGGCGGAGGCGGAAACCAAGACAAGGAGUGGAGGCGGAGGGGGUCUGAGACGGAUGAUCUACUCAUGGUACGCAGAGAAAGAAUUUUUGGACUUUUGUGAAGUUUUAUCUUCUUUCUUGGUCUUUUUUUUUUUGUCGAUAAGCAAAUAACUUUCUGCAUGCGAGCGGCCUUGCAAAAAGCUAUUUUUGGCGGAUAAAGAAUCGAUCAAUUGAAUCUUUUGUAUGAAGGAAACAGAUGGAUGGAUUUAAUAAAUGACGGAGCGAUGAGUCAUCAUCGCACAGGUAUGCUGAACCAACGAGGGAUUUAAUAAUUCGUGCACGGAAGGAUCAUGCAGGUUUUGGGUACCACCAUAAAAGCUGUAUAUAUGGUUACUUAAUAGUAUGAUAAUACAUAAUACAUAUAUCUAGGAGACUAGGUCUUCCAUGUGUGUUCAUCCACCUCAUCCUUUCAAUGCAUGUCCUCUCUGAGUUGAGGGCAGAGUGAUUCCUGAG